UUUUGCAAAAUGAUUUAAUAAAAAAUUGAAUUGAAUAAAUAAUUUAGUAUUGAAAAUGCCUUUAGAACAAAAUGAAAAGUCUCCAAUUCGAGAUUACAAAUAUGCUGAAGUGCAAAAUGAAGAUAAAGAACUGGGUCAUUGUGAUCCAAAAAAGAAUUAUUCUAGAGAAUAUAUUACCACAAUAAUUGCAACACUUGGUACAAUUGUUUGUGGAAUACAAUUCACAUGGAUGGGUCCAAUAUUACCGCAAAUGCUGUCUGGAAGCUUCAAGAUACAAAUAACCAUGGCAGAAUCUGUAUGGGUUUUUAAUCUAUUACACGUUGGAGGUCUUAUAGGAUCUAUUGUUGCAUCAAUGAUAACAAACCAUUUUGGAAGAAAAAGAACAAUUGUUUGGACCACAAUUCCGUUUAUAAUUUCAUCUAUUAUUCGUAUUUACGCUGAAACAGUGUUGCAUUAUUAUAUAGCACAAUUUAUAGGAGGUUUUAGUGUUGGUGCCAGUUUUGCAGUGGUAUCAAUGUAUAUAAGUGAAAUUUCUUCGCCAGAAAUCCGUGGUAUUUUGUCCACUUUCAUUCAUUUUUCAGUUAGUGUUGGAAUACUAUUUGUUUUUGUUUUGGGCGCAUGUUUACCGAUUAUUACCUAUUACUACGUUUUGGCAAUUUUUCCAAUUAUUCAGUUAAUUUUCACAUUUUAUCUACCCGAAACGCCAUACUUUCAAGUGAUGAAACAAGAUUAUAAAGGAGCUGAAAAAACGCUAAGAUAUAUUCGAAAAAAAUCUAAUGUUCAAGAUGAAUUAAAUCGCUUAAUUGAAGGCUAUAAAGAGGAAGUUUCAGAAAAGGAUCAAACAUUUUUGGAUCUGUUCCGAGACCGAACAAAUCUUAAGUCAAUAAUUAUAAUUACUGUACUCACCAUGGCCCAACAAUGGACGGGUGCUACAGCGAUUUAUGGUUAUUCGCAAGUUAUUUUUGUGGAUGGUCAUUCAAGUAUUUCAGCCGAAUCAUGUGGAAUACUUCUAGCUCUGAUGAAUUUUGCUGUUGUAUUUCUUCUUGGAGCGGUAAUAGAUCGUUUUGGACGACGUGUUUUGUUAAUGGUUUCAGGAAUUGUUACCCUCAUCCCGUUGACAAUGCUAGGUGUCUACUUUUAUUUACAAGACUUUACAGAUUUCAAGUAUAUCGAACAUUUUCGAUUAGUACCUUUAAUUGGAAUUGUAUUUUUUAAAUUUUCUUACGGGGUCGGUUUAAGUGGAAUUCCGUAUGUUCUUUCAGGGGAAUUAUUUCCAACAACUGUUAAAGCUUAUGCAUCAUCUCUGAAUUCGAUCACGAUGACUGCAAUUGGAAUUGUAGCAAAUAAUAUGUAUGAGAUUGCUUUUAAAGAAUAUAAUUAUCCAGGUGUUUUUGCAAUGUUUUUCAUUUUGCUUGUUCUGGCAAUAAUUUUUAUAUAUUUUAUGGUACCAGAAACUAAGGGAUUAACAUUGGAAGAAAUUCAAGUUAAAUUAAGAAAAUCGAAUAAAAAUAAAAUACGGAAGAUCUCAAAUUGAAUAAUCAAAUCAAAUCCUGAAUUUAUGAUAUAUGAGUCGUGUUCGUAUAUUGCUGAAAAUGAUUUCCGAAAUUGUUUUUGCUUUGUUAUAUAUACCGAGUGUCUUAAAAUCAUGGAUCAGCCAUGAGAUUUCUUGACCUUCUGUUCUAUUAUAGAUUAGUCUCAUACCCGAAAAAUCGAUUGUAACCCUUUUGUGGCCGCAUUUCACACCAAUUCAUUACUCAUUUUCAUAUCCGAAAACUUUGGGACUAAAUAGAUUAUUAAUCAAAAGUUUAUGUAAAAUAAACUAUUGAUGGUCAAAUUAGAAAAAAUUGCUUCAAUCGUGUCCCAUUUUUGAACACAAAGGCUACUAAAUCUAAACUAAAUCCAACCAACUCGUAAUUACAACAAUACUCCGAGUACGAUUACCACUAAUCGUUAAAUGAAAAUUAUCGAAAUUGGCUAGGUAUACCUACUGUUUAAAGGGAUUCUUACAUUUAAUGUGAGAGGUCUACUCUAGGGAUCCAUAUUCAUAAUUUCAAAACAUCAAGAAUCUAUUAAAAAAAAUGUAAAUGUUGGAAAGUACAUCAUCGCAUAAAAAUAGAAUUUGAUCUAAUAUUUUGAUCUCUUUUAACAAAACAAUCACUUUGUAAACAAAGCCAAGAAGUAUUUCCAUGUCUCGUCAUUGUGUUUAUUGUUUUUUAAAUAAUUGUUUAUUUGCUG